CAUCAGCUGUUCGAAAAAAGAAAAUGCAUUUGGCAUUCCAGGGAUAAUUAAAAAUCAAUUGCAGCAGCAGCGCACAGCAAGUGGCCAAGGAAAAGAGUACACACGGACGGGGGAACACCUCGCGGCAUCCAAAGGUGUAGUAACUGAUCCACAGCUGCUCCACUUCGAGCACAAAUUCGAUUACCCGUUUCGCAGGUUUAAACAAAGUGUGCCAACGCCACAACACGCCCCCACCCAGAAGACCAUAGAAACGCCAGCGGAAGUGGGAUAGAGACGCGGAUCACGCUUCACUGGCCACUUGCCACUCAUUAAUAGCUGGCCACGCCCACUGCCACAAGAUGCACCUUAGUGCGGAUAUUUCCAGCGCCCUGCAGCAAAUCGAGGCUGUGAAGAAGGGCAUCGAAGAGUCUGAUGACCCGAAACUGCAGAUGCAGACGGCCGAGAGCCUCAACACCAUCCUAGGCAUCUUGCAAGACCCCGUAUUUCGCACCAUCGUCCACGUUCAGGACUCGCUCUCUGAGCUCAAUGCCCAGCUGGGCCAGCACCCGUCCAUGUUGCCCAACGAUUUUGACAUCGAUGUGGCCGGCAAUCUUGUGCUCAGCCUGAAUGGCGGCGAGGUGAUGUACGACUUUGAUGAACAACGGUCUUCUUCGCACUCCCAUUCGGCACCGGGUAGUCCGGAUAAAUCUGGAGGCGUCGGCGAAGAGCCGCGCCCACAGAGCCAGAACUCUAAAAGCGCUGGCGUUGCGGAUUUGUACGCCACGGACUACGCCCAGAUCCAGGCCAUAGAGCUGGUGAACGACGGCACGGGUCUAGGAUUCGGCAUCAUUGGAGCCCGAAACUCUGGAGUGAUUGUGAAGACCAUUCUGCCAGGUGGGGUGGCCGAUAGAGAUGGACGUCUUCGUUCUGGGGACCACAUUCUGCAGAUUGGAGAUGUCAACUUGCACGAAAUGGUCUCCGAACAGGUUGCUGCGGUAUUGCGUCAAUCUGGAACCCACGUCCGCCUGGUUGUCGCCCGUCCCGUCGAGCAUAGUGUGCCUACGCCUCAGUAUGCACUGGAACCAGGCACGGCUGUGGUACCAACCCGCGUUCUCGUCGAUCCUGCCGAGCUGGAGCGGUACCUAAUCUCUACUGGCUAUCCGGAGAUAUUUGGCGAGAGUUCCACGGCUUCCACUCCGCAGACCACCACAGAAGAUGAUCGGUUUGUGUAUCGCGGUGAGACCUCCAUGCUGAUUGAUCCUAACAUCGACCUCGAGGAAUUGCUGGCCCUCCCUGAGACGGAGAAGCUGCAGGUGGAGCUUAAAAAGGAUGCCAAUGGCCUAGGUAUCACGAUUGCCGGCUACGUUUGUGAGAAAGAGGAAUUGUCUGGCAUUUUUGUGAAAAGUGUAUCGCCGGGAUCAGCGGCAGAUCUGAGUGGCCGCAUCAGGGUCAACGAUCGCAUAAUCGAAGUGGACGGGCAGUCGCUGCAGGGCUACUCCAAUCACCAAGCCGUCGAGCUGCUGAAGAAGUCUGGUCAGGUGGUAAAUCUUCGCUUAGAACGUUACUUGCGAGGUCCUAAAUUCGAGCAACUGCAGCAGGCCAUCGCUGCUAAUGACAAGCUUCCAUCCAGUGCUCCUGGGACGCCUUCGAGGGCACCCUUGCCAACUCCAGUGGCCACCACUUCAUCGGCCACAACCACACCUUCACGCAGUAUAGCACGCGAGUUGGAGGAGGAAGCUUUGCCGGCACCAGAAGCUUUCAUGACCACUCCGCCGACGAUGACCACCACCACUUUGAGCUCGUUUGGAGCAGGAAAACAACUGGUAGCAGUAAGGGAUUCCCUGGAUGGCUCCACGAAGAUCAUACCCACGGAGGUCGUACCCUUGGCGGAUAAAACAGAGGCCAAGAACAACGGUGUGAUCACCCGUCACAAGUACUACACUGAUCCAGAGCUCUCCGACGACGCAGAAACCGAGAUCAUACGCAAAUGGCAAAAAAUUGUAGGCUCCGAUGUAGAGGUGAUUGUAGCCCAGAUCAAGAAGUUUGCUGUUGGCGGUUUGGGAAUUUCCUUGGAAGGAACCGUGGAUGUGGAAGGAGGACGAGAGGUACGACCCCACCACUAUAUUCGUUCGAUCUUGCCCGAUGGACCAGUGGGUGUAAAUGGAGUUCUCCGCUCCGGAGAUGAACUAUUGGAAGUAAAUGGAGAGCGGCUUCUGGGCAUGAAUCACCUGGAGGUGGUGGCUAUACUGAAGGAACUGCCAUUGGACGUGCGCAUGGUCUGCGGUCGUAACAGAAACACUUCACUACUUCCCUUCUCUGAUGAUACCCUGAAAAAGCUGAGUAACAACUUUGAGAACCUUUUGCCCGCUACUGAUCGCCUGGUUAAGGCAAAAUCGGAUGGAAGUCUGGCUACCGCUGGUUCCGUGGCCGAUGGGGAUUCAGUGGCUGCCGCCGCCUCUUCGUUUAGCAAGCUCAAGUCACGUUCGCUGGAGCCAUUGACAGGACUGGCCAUGUGGUCAUCUCAACCGCAAAUCAUCGAACUGGUCAAGGGCGACCGCGGCCUGGGCUUUUCUAUUCUAGAUUAUCAAGAUCCGCUAGAUCCAAACGACACACUAAUUGUAAUCCGUUCUUUGGUUCCUGGAGGAGUGGCUCAAUUGGAUGGACGCCUCAUACCAGGAGACCGUUUGCUAUUUGUGAACUCUAUCAAUCUAGAAAACGCCUCGCUGGACCAGGCUGUGCAGGCUUUAAAGGGUGCAUCAAAGGGCGUGGUACGUAUUGGUGUAGCCAAGCCACUGCCGAUGACGGACAACUCACUGAAGGCUUGCAGCAAUGCAAGCACCACUAGCGAGGAGACUUUAGACGCGCAGUCGUCGCCUCCUGCUCUGCCCACAGCUGCUCCGCCCGCAAUGCCGCCCACUGCCUCCAAGGGAGCUGAACCGGAUCUAAUUCCCGACUGGCGGAAUUAGGUAGUUACGACGUAAAAUUCGAAACAUUCCAGGCAGCUGAAUCUUCAAAUCUGUCUCUGCAUCUAAUCAAAUAAUGUUGCAUCGGAUCUAGCUAGAUUUUUGCAAUUAAGUUUACCGAAUUGUUUUAUGUAUGUCUUAAAGUCUUACGAUUUGUUUAAAAAAGAAAACGCGUCUCCGAUUCCACAAAAUUUGAUGGGAUGCAAGAUCACAGGACCGAUUGUUAUUACCGAAUCAAAAUGUUAUGCAUAUUAUUAGCACCGAAUUGUGUUUGUCCCCCAAAAACGAGCAUUUCACAAGCAUGCAAUAUCUGUAACCCUCUAGUAUUAGUAAAUGAAUUUUAACAUGGUAUUUCCAGAGUGUAUGUACUUAAACUAAAUUAAAUAAUGUACCUUCCA